GGAUCACUUGAAGGCUUAUAUGGAUCAUUUCAAGUUUGAAAUAUCCAAAUUUAUGGAGGGUUCAUUCUUCAUCUUGGUUCUUUUAGUGGAAAUGGUGGCAAACUCUCCGUGGCCGAUAAAAUAAUUUGCAACGUAGCAUGCUUUUAUACUUGAUCAUAGUGUUUGCAAACAUGAAUAUGUUUGUUCAUCUACAUAUUUCUUCUGUUCUUUUAUGACUACAACCAGUUCUCUAAUAACUUGAGCAGGUUGACUAUGAUAGGCGUAAGCUGAUUGCUUCCAACCAUACAUUUACACACAUUUUAAAUUUUGCUCUAAGGGAAGUGCUUGGUGAUCAUGUUGACCAGAAGGGAUCCAUUGUCCUUCCUGAAAAUUUGAGAUUUGAUUUUUCUCAUGGGAAACCUGUAAAGCCCGAAGAGCUGAAAAAAAUUGAAUCCAUUGUGAACGAGCAAAUUAAAGAUGAAAUGGAUGUAUUUGCGAAGGAAGUCUAUCCAGACCCAGUUAGGGUCGUUGCAAUUGGUCGGAAAGUGGAGGAUCUCCUUUCUGAUCCACAAAGUGAAGAGUGGUUAUCCAUUUCUGCAGAGCUCUGUGGAGGCACUCAUAUAUCAAAUACACGAGAGGCAAAGGGAUUCGCUCUUUUAUCUGAGGAGGGAAUUGCCAAGGGAAUCCGUAGAGUUACCACUGUUACAUUGGAUUAUGCUUUAAAGGCCGCGGAAUUGGCAUCAUCACUUGGGCAGGAAGCAAAUGAAGCAUCCAAAACAGAAGGAAGCUUGUUGGAACAGAAUCAAGUGAUGAAAUCGAAAAAAAAGAUUGCCGAAGAGAAUAUACAGAGCUAUAAAAGUUGUUGGUGAGAUGGCAGAAAUUGCUGCUUCUGAUGGAAAGGCCUUUUGCAUCUCGCAUGUCCAUGUUGGUUCAGAUA